CUUUCCUCUUCUUUUUGUUUAUUCGGAACAGAAGUAUUUCGGAAAGGUAGCAAGGAGUAGACCCCUUUUCCUCCAGUGAGGAACAAAGUCCUCCUACACUAGUAGCACUGCAUCAUAUUGCUUCCCACCUUCAUCAGCUUGUGUUAGCACCUGAGAGCGAUUCCAACCAAGUUGUAAGAUGGCGGAAGGGCUGCUUCUCCCCGUGGUGCGCGGCGUGGCCGACAAGGCCGCCGACGUGCUCGUGCAGAGCGUCACUCUCAUGUGGGGCGUCGACGACGACCGCCACAAGCUGGAGCGCCAGAUGGUGUACGUGCAGUCCUUGCUGGCCGACGCCGAGGUGAAGGGCGAGACCAAUCCCGCCGUCAGGAGGUGGACGAAGGAGCUCAAGGCCGCCGCGUACCAGGCCGACGACGUCCUCGACGACUUCCAGUAUGAGGCGCUGCGUCGCGAGGCCCUGAGCGGUCGGUCAAUGGCAAGCAAGGUACUGAGCAACUUCACCUCAAAGAAUAAAUUUGUGUUCAGUCAAAAGGCGAGCACAGACCUCAAAAACGUGCUUGACAAGAUCGACGAGCUGGUGACGGAGAUGAACAAGUUUGGUCUGCUGGAGCGCGCGGAGGCUCCGCAAGCUCUGUAUCGGCAGACACACUCAGCACUAGACGAGUCCGUGGAGAUCUAUGGCAGAGACGAUGACAAGGAGGAGGUGGUGAAGCUGUUGCUCGAUCAGCAAGAUCAGCACAAUGUGCAGGUGCUUCCCAUCAUUGGAAUGGGGGGAUUGGGGAAGACCACGCUAGCCAAGAUGGUGUACAAUGACAGCAGGGUUCAAAAUCACUUUGAAUUGAAGAUGUGGCAUUGUGUGUCAGAAAACUUCGAAGCCACAGCUAUUGUGAGAUCUGUCAUUGAGUUGGCUACAAAUGGAGGACGUGACCAACGUAGCACCAUCGAGCUAUUGCGAGGAAAAUUACAGGAAGUCAUUGGUCGGAAAAGGUUCCUACUAGUUCUUGAUGAUGUGUGGAAUGAAGAGCAGCGUAAGUGGGAGGAUGACCUUAAGCCACUAUUGUGUACUUGUAUUGGUGCAUCAGGAAGUAUGAUAGUUGUCACAAGUCGAAGCCAAAAAGUAGCGUCUAUAAUGGGCACCCUUCCACCCCAUGAGCUAGCAUGCCUGAGUGAACAUGAUUCAUGGGAUUUAUUCUCGAAGAAGGCAUUUAGUAAAGGAGUACAAGAGCAAGAAGAGUUUGUCACGAUCGGCAAGCGUAUCAUCAACAAGUGCAAAGGACUGCCACUUGCUCUCAAGACAAUGGGUGGCUUGAUGAGUUCAAAACAACGAGUCCGUGAAUGGGAGGCCAUUGCAGAAAGCAAUAGGGGUGGCAAAGAUGAAGUAUUGUCCAUACUAAAAUUGAGUUACAAACACUUGUCAUCUGAAAUGAAGCAAUGCUUUGCCUUCUGUGCAGUUUUUCCUAAGGACUAUGAGAUGGAGAAGGAUAAGUUGAUCCUACUAUGGAAAGCAAAUGGUUUUAUUCAUGAAGAGGGAGAGAUGGAUUCGGAACAGAAAGGUGAAUUUAUUUUCAACGAGUUGGCUUGGAGGUCCUUUCUUCAAGAUGUGAAAGUGAAGAGCUUUUAUGUCGAAAGCAGCGUAAGUUCAUUCAGCUUCUCUCGUGAGACAAUUGGAUGUAAAAUGCAUGAUUUAAUGCAUGACCUAGCAAAAGAUGUCACAGACGAAUGUGCUUGUGCAGAAGAGUUGAUUCAUGGGAAAGUAUCGAGUAAAGACGUACGACACAUGCAAAUUUCAAGUAAUGAUGACCUGAAACAAAUCAGUGGAUUACUGAAAGGCACAUCAUCUGUCCGCACUUUAUUACUAACUCCAUUAGAAUAUGAGUAUCUUAAGGUGUUAAAACUGACAUCAUUAAGAGCGUUGUGUUGUGACGAUCCUUCUAUUAUCCCGAGCCAACUCAUAAAUAUGGCACAUUUAAGAUACCUUGAUCUUUCUGGGUCAUCCGUUGAGACAUUGCCAAAUUCAGUAUGUAUGUUGUACAACUUGCAGUCGUUGUGGCUCAACGGAUGCACUAGGCUACAAUAUCUACCGGAAGGUCUGGCAACUAGUUUGAGGAAGCUCAGCCAUAUUUAUCUUUUGGGAUGUUAUCAUUUGAAACAGACGCCUCCAAAGCUUAGUCUACUGCACAACCUGCACACACUAACAAAGUUUAUUGUGGGCACUGAAGAUGGAUGUGGAAUUGAAGAGCUCAAAGACCUGCGACAGCUUGGCAAUAGGUUGGAACUGCACAAUUUGAGGAAAGUAAAGUGUGGGUCAAAGGCAAAUCUACACGAGAAACAUAAUCUAAGUGAAUUGUUUUUGUAUUGGGGCAGUGACCGAAUUUACAAUCUACAUGAGGAAGAAGUACUGGAAUCUCUUGUACCUCAUGGUGAGCUCAAAAUUUUGGAGGUCUAUGGGUAUGGUGGCCUCGCAAUCUCGCAAUGGAUGAGAGACCCUAAAAUGUUCCAGUGCCUAAGAGAACUCGAUAUUACCAUGUGCCCAAGAUGUAAGGAUAUACCAAUAGUAUGGUUGUCAUCCUCUCUUGAGAAGUUGGUUUUGCGCUACAUGGAAAGCCUGACCACAUUAUGUAAGAGCAUAGAUGUGGCAAUGGCAGGAUACAAUACCCCUCUGCCAAUUUUCCCAAAGUUAAAGAGGAUGGAGUUAUGGCAUUUGCCUGAGUUGGAGAGAUGGGCAGAAAACAGUGCAGGAGAUCCUAUUAACUCGGUGAUGUUUCCCCUGCUUGAAGAGCUAAGUGUUUCUUCUUGCUAUAAACUUGGAAAUUUUCCAGAGAGCCCAGUUCUCAAAUAUCUAAAUUGUAGACGUGGAGGUGGUCUUGUUCCUGUGAGCAUGCCCUUGGGCUCUUGGCCAUCUCUUGUUUGCUUGGACAUUGGGCUGCUGGCAGACGUGGUGCCUCCUCUCGAGGACCCUCACAGCCAAGGCCGAAGACCUCUGGACACCCUGCAAAGUUUGGAGGUAGAGGGUGAUGACGGCUUCUUAUCAAUAUUUGACUUGUCCAAAUUGCAACUUGGGCUUGGGGACUACUUGGCCUUCUUGGAACGUUUGGAUAUCUCAAGUUGCUGCAAUAUUGUCCACUGGCCUGUGGAGGAGCUCCGAUACUUGCCUCGCCUCCGAUGUCUGAGUAUUGAGAGUUGUGGGAACCUGGAGGGGAAGGGCUCAUCAUCCGAGGAAGAGGAAAUCCUUCCGCUGCCCCAGCUGGAAAAGUUAAUGAUAGGAGAUUGUCACAGACUGCUGGAGAUUCCGAAGUUGUCCGCAUCCCUUGAAGAAAUGGUUAUUCGCAGAUGCAAAAAAUUGGUGGCGCUGCCUUCAAACCUUGGAAAUCUGCCCAAGCUGAGGUAUCUCAGUGUGCAGGACUGCGGUGCGCUGAAAUCACUACCUGAUGGGGUGGAUGGAUUCACUUCCCUUGAGGGGUUGGAUAUUAAAGAGUGCCCAGGGAUAGAGAAAUUUCCGCAGGGUCUGCUCCAGCGGCUCCCAACCCUCGAACACCUGAGGAUAUUUAAAUGCCCCGAUCUGGAGAGAUGUUGCGGAGAAAUUCAAUCCACCAGCAACAGAACCUGAAAUAGAGAAGCCCGUAAAGGGGCUCCUCCCCUUGUGUUGUGGUGACUGGUGACUCUCAACUGAGCUAUCUUGGAUUCUGAGAUUUAAAGCUGAGUUUGAUGGGAAGAGGUGUUCCAGAUGAUCCCUCCAUGGCUCCUUGUUAGGAUUGCAGCCUGAACUUUACUUUUGCAUUACAAGCCUGUACCUUUUCUCAGCACGACCGAUAUCAGAGCAAACAAUUCUUGUUCCGUUCUGGGCUACAUAAACUGUACCUUGACUUGCUGAUCAACCUAAAAAAAAUGCAAAGCAGUGUGUGAUCAUUGUGUGCACUUCUGAAUGGUGACACGUCUAUGAGUAUCUUGAUGUGGGAAGAAAAAGCAUGCUCCGAUCAUUCAGUGUAAGCAUUAGUCGACAGCUACUAGUUCAAGCAAACCAAUGUGAGAAUAACAAGUAUUUAUGCAGGACUACCAAUGUCAAUUCCCCUCCAAGCCUAAAAAGCAGGCCAGCCAGAUGCCCUGGACGGCUGAAACUGAAUCCUUGGAGAUUACCAGUGGGUCCCUUUGGAAGCUAAUGACGAUAUGACAUUAACUAGAAGUUCGGCGCGGCAUUGCCACGCCGGAUGGCCCAUGGCCACGUAGGGUGCCUAUAGUUGCCGUGUUCCGUUCAUAUUAGUUGGAUCAUUGAGGUCUUGAGUUCACGCGUUGGAUCUUUUAUUUACUGAAGUCUUGUAUUUCCUGAUAUUCAAUAGUAUUAUUUGUUUUACUCUUCAAUCCCAUAUUUUCUGUCAAUUUUAUAAUCUGAACAUAGUUCCACAAGAACGAUUUUAUAAUAGCUACACUUAUUAUUUGUGA